AUGUCGGCCCCCUUGCCAGUGUCGAGAUGCGUCCAGCGCAGCGCCCGUGCCGUCUCCCGCCUGCGGCCGCGCAGGGCCGUCGGUGCGGCGGCGCUGCGUCCGGUCGCGGCCCCGAGAACCUUCGCCGUCCUGCGGACCGUCGCCUCGGUGCCGCUGCCCGACGCGCGGGCGUUUAGCACCGGCGCUAGGUUGCGCGUCGAGGACUCUGCGGAGGAGGCCUUUGAUCCGUCGAGCAUCGAGCGCGAGUCGGACCAGGUUGACGUGUGCAUCGUCGGCGGCGGCCCGGCGGGCCUCAGCGCCGCCAUCCGGCUCAAGCAGCUGGCCAAUGAGGCCGGCAAUGAGGACUUCCGGGUCCUCGUGCUCGAAAAGGCCGGCGAUAUGGGCGCCCAUAUCCUCUCCGGCGCCGUCAUCCAACCCACUGCCAUCAACGAGCUCAUCCCCGACUGGCUCGACGAGUCCAACCCGAACCGCUUCGAGCAUGCGACCCCCGCCGGCACCGACAAGAUGCGAUUCCUCACGAAGACGUCUUCCCUACCCGUACCGACGCCCCCGCAGAUGAGCAACCACGGCAAUUACAUCGUGAGCCUGAACCAAUUCGUCAAGUUCCUCGGUGAGCGGGCCGAGGAGGUCGGCGUGGAGGUCUACCCUGGCUUUGCUGCAGCCGAGGUGCUCUACGGCUCGGACGGCUCCGUCAAGGGUGUGGCCACCAAUGAUCUUGGAAUUGGUCGCGAUGGCCAGCCCAAGGACACCUUCGAGCGCGGCAUGGAGUUCCAUGCCAGAGUAACAAUGUUUGGCGAGGGCUGCCAUGGCAGCCUUACCAAGCAGGUUAUCAAGAAGUUCGACCUGCGCAAGGACAGCCAGCAUCAGACAUACGGAAUCGGCCUCAAGGAGGUGUGGGAGGUUGAACCGGAAAAGUUCGAAAAGGGCUUGGUCGUUCACGCCAUGGGCUAUCCCCUGCCCAGCAGCACCUACGGUGGUUCCUUCAUGUAUCACUUCGGCGACAACCUGGUGGCCCUGGGUCUCGUGGUUGCGCUCGACUACGAGAACCCGUGGAUGUCGCCGUACCAGGAGUUCCAGAAGAUGAAGCACCACCCCAUGUUCAAGAACGUCCUUGAGGGCGGCAAGUGCAUCUCCUAUGGUGCCCGUGCCCUGGUCGAGGGUGGCUUCCAGUCCAUCCCCAACGUCGCCUUCCCCGGCGGCGCCCUGAUCGGCGACUCAGCUGGCUUCGUCAACGUCCCCAAGGUCAAGGGCACACACAAUGCCAUGAAGUCGGGCAUGCUUGCGGCUGAAGCUGCUUGGGGUGCCCUCAACCAGAGCAACGACGGCACAGUCUUCCUCUACGAUUAUGAGGACUCUCUGCGCAAGUCCUCCAUCUGGAAGGAGCUCAAGGAGGUGCGCAACAUGCGCCCCUCGUUCCACACCCCACUGGGUCUCUACGGCGGCAUGGCAUACUCGGGCCUGGAAGCCUUUGUCCUUAAGGGUCGCGUGCCGUGGACCCUCAAGCACAAGAAGCCCGACUAUGCGGCCACCAAGCCCGCGGACCAGUUCACCAAGAUCGAGUAUGAGAAGCCCGACGGCAAGAUCAGCUUUGACAUUCUGACCAGUGUCUCUCGCACUGGCACGAACCACGAGGAGGACCAGCCUGUCCAUCUGCAGGUCAAGGACUGGGACGCGCACACGGACAAGGCCUGGCCCCCUUUCAAGGGCUUGGAGAACCGCUUCUGCCCGGCGGGCGUUUACGAAUACGUCGAGGACGAGUCCAAGCCUCAUGGAGUGCGAUUCCAGAUCAACUCGCAAAACUGCAUUCACUGCAAAACAUGCGAUAUCAAGGCGCCGCAACAAGACAUCAACUGGCAAGUGCCGCAAGGAGGCGAAGGCCCCAAGUACUACAUGACUUGA